UGUUAACUUAUACAGUAGUUUAUUCUCUAAACAUUGACCUUGUAGAUAAAUCAGUCAAAGGGAUGAAGUAAUAGAAUAUGAAAGUAUAGAAUGAAUAAAUGGUCUAUGAAUGUGUAUAAACUAAAUGAAACCAAUCUAAUUUCACAAUUAUUCAUGAUUAUUAUCAACAUUAGAUUUCACUGGUGCUUCUUGUUGUUGCUGUCGUUGUUGUUGUUGUUGUUGUGGAUGAAUCAAAUAGGUGUGUCCUCUUAGAACUAUAUUCAUUAUCCAUAAGGAUAACACUAGUUAUCACAUUACACCAGCUAGUUUAUAAUGUCUAUUCAUAUGUAUUAUUAUCAUUAUAGUUGAUACAAUGACAAGCAUAAUACAUUAUAAUUAAUCAUAACAAUACGAAUAAAUAGAACAAUUAACAUUCAAUUGUUUCAAACUGUUUAAGAAAAAAACCUAUUCAAUACAUGUGCAAUAGAUUAUACACAAUAUCAGCUCUUAUCAGUCUGUCAUUCAUCCAAUUUAAAACGUUGAUUAACGAUUAUAUAAUUUAUAAAGUAAUUCAUCAUGAAAGCUGAUCCAUCAUACAUAGAUCUUCUUUCACCUUGUCCUAUUUAUCCUAAUCCAAUGUUAGCAUUUAGUUCAAAUAUACAAAAUUCAGGAAAUUUAUUUUCAUCAGAUAUUUAUAAAGAUUUAAAACCAAUUAGUUGUAAUGGAGUUACCAUGACAACAAUAACAACACCAUCACCACCACAACCCCCACUACCAUCCCUAACAACAACAACAACAAAUUGUACAUCAGUACUUGGUGAAAUAACAACAUCAUCAACAUAUACAUCAUGUUUUCCUAAUGCCUACUAUUCAUCUUCUAAUUCCUCUUUAAUCUCAUCAGUAGAGAUAUCGGCAACACCGGUAACAUUCAAUAAUGAUACAUCAUCAAUAAUUAUGAUAAAAAUUUUUUAUUUAUUAGAAACUAUAUGUCGAUCGAAACAUUUAAUAUACGAAGAAAAAUUAAAAAUUCUUAUGAAUAUAGCAGAAUAUGUAAUAAAAUUUUAUGAAUAUUUAACAAAUUCAAGUAUCAAUGAUCCAGUUUCACAGGAUCAUGAAACUCCACUGAAUCUGACACAACCAAAACUAUUGAAUAAAGAGACAAAUAUCAAUGUAUCUCCUUCGUUUACAUCAUCUCAAUCAUCAUCAUCCUCCUCCUCAUCAUCAUCUUCGUCCAUCCUUUAUCAUUUCAAUCAACAGAAUUCCCCUGAUCAAUCAAUGAAACCUGAUAAACGAUCAAUUUCAUUAUCAACACCAAAUAAUAAUACUUCAACUAAUUUAGUAAUUCCAAUACCACAGCCUAUACCUUGGUUACAAAAAUCAGAUCAAUUAUCAAAUGGAUCAAAUAGUACUUCAAAUAAUAAUAAUAAUAAUAGUAAUGUGACAUUUCCUGAAACGAAUUUAACUUCAUCAUUGAAUUGGUUAUCAACAUUAUCAGAUGGUAAAGAAUUACCGAAAUGGUUAUUAGAACAGAUUACACCAACUACUGAAAAGAUGAAUAUCAAUUCAAUUUCACAAUCAAAUAAUGUAAUUACUGAAACAAUGUUAAAUUAUUUAAAAUUUUAUUAUUCAAGACUUUCAACAAAUGACAAUCCAUAUGAUCACCAUGAUCAUCAUCAUGAUCUUUAUCAUGAUCAUAAUCAUCAGCAUUUAUCCCAACAACAAAUUCAAUCACAAAUGGAACAUAUCAUUCAAAUGAAAAAAUUACUAAAAUUAUCUAAUCAUGAAUAUACUACUGAUAAUCAACUACUAAUAAAUAAUAAUAAUAAUAAUAUUGAUUUUAUUGAUAAAACAUCUACUAUACAAAAAUCAAUUAAUCAAUUACAUGAAAUAAUUGAUCAAACCAAAUUUAAAUUUAAUAAAGAAUCAAUAAUGCCGACAACAGUAACCAUGCAAACAUCAUUAUCAGAAUAUAAUUAAUUAAUCAUAUUUCAUUUAAUGGAUCAAUAGUUAAUAAGAAUGAUAAUCAUAAUAAUAACAAUCAUUCAAUGUCAUUUGUAAAUGUUUCUCUUCCAUCUUCAAUGUAUUUGUCACCAUCGUCAUCAUCAUCAUCAUCAUCAUCA